GGCAGAGACCUCUUCCACCGUCCGGCAGCCCCCGCCGCGCUCCCUGCCACAGCCGCCCUUCAGCUGUUGCCGCAGCUCCCGUGGCGGAGACGCGCUUCCUGAGUUGUCCAGCAGCUUCUGUUGGGUCAGCGGUGGGAGAGACCCGCCGCGGCGUGUCGUCGGUGCCAUCCGGUACUUGGCGUGCGCACCCAGCGGGUAUAGCUCUUGCCCUGUCCCCCGGCUGGUCCGGGGCUCCCAGCACUGUCCCCACGGCGGCUCCGCCAGACGCGCGGACUGGCCUGCAGCCCGCGUCCCCGGCGGACGGCGUCAUGAGAAGCCUGCCGUACUUCUGCCGGGGCCAAGUAGUGCGGGGCUUCGGUCGCGGCUCCAAGCAGCUGGGCAUCCCCACAGCUAAUUUUCCUGAUCAAGUAGUAGAUAAUCUUCCAGCUGAUGUAUCCACUGGCAUUUAUUAUGGUUGGGCCAGUGUUGGAAGUGGAGAUGUUCAUAAGAUGGUGGUGAGCAUAGGAUGGAACCCAUACUACAAGAAUAUGAAAAAGUCCAUGGAAACUCACAUCAUCCAUACCUUUGAAGAGGACUUUUAUGGGGAGAUCCUCAGUGUUGCCAUUGUUGGCUACCUCAGACCGGAAAAGAACUUUGAUUCUUUAGAGUCACUUAUUUCAGCAAUUCAAGGUGAUAUUGAAGAAGCUAAGAAGCGACUAGAUUUACCAGAAUAUUUGAAACUCAAAGAUGACAAUUUCUUCCAGGUUCCUAAAAGCAAAAUAAUGAAUGGCCACUGAUAAAAAAAAAAAAUUAUUUUUUCAUUUCACUGUUUGUAAUUGUGCAGUCUUGCUUAUAUUUUAAAAAUCAAACAUUUUCCUGUAGCUGUAAAUCAGUUUAAACAUUAAUGUGUAGUUAUCCUAUUAUGCUUCAACUGUUCAAACCAUCAUGCUAUCAUACUAAAAAGAACCAUUUAAAAAUCAAGGUUGUUAAAAUGAAUCACUAGAAAGAUAUUAAGUGUCUUAUAAUGGAAAUAAAAAUGUUUAUAAGUCUGAUUUGAGAUAAGAACUGUAAUUCUCAUGGUAAAAUACAAGCAUGUAUACAGCAUAUGUUGCUAAAUAGAAGACUUAUAAAAAUAAUGCAUUAAACAAGUUUGAUAAUUUACUAUGAACAGAAAGAAAAUACAGACUGUAACUCUGAUAUUUUGUGCAUCCCUAUAUCGUACAGACAUGAACACUUUUGGGAAAUUUGUUUUCCUCAUUUCCCUUCUGAGGUCAAUUUAUUCUGUCUCCAUUUCUUAUGUAGCACUGCCUCAAUUUAAAGUGGCCUGGAUUCCCUCUGCCUUUGAGUUUUUCUGGACAGUAAAAUGAAUGUCUUUGGUUCUGUGUGAUCUGGUUUUUGUGCUCUUUCAAGAGUUUAUAAAUUUGAUUGUCAACAUUUUUGUUGACACUGGUUCUUUCUUUAAAUAAUUACCAGCAUCAGUUUCUUUUCUUUCUUUCUUUUUUUUUUUUUCAUUCAGAGUAUCCUUAAACUAUACCCAUAAGGAUUGCAUUGGUCUAUACCAUUCCAUUCCAUCAUGUGCACAUCUGUAUUGCAUCUUUAGAAAAAAACAGAAAAAAAUCUUUAGGCAUCCUCAGGAUAUAAAUGAAUAUAUAACUGUUCAUUUGUGUUUCCCAGUUUCUUAACAAAAACUUUUUAUUUUCCCUCCAGGGAAACUAAAAACAAAUUAAACUAUGAAAUACUUAGAAGAUUAUUUAUUUUAAAUGUGAUUAUAUGUUCCAGAGCAAAUCUAAACUGUCUUAACCAUGUACGCACAAUAUGAUUCAAUGCUAGCCUGAAAAGCACUUGUAAAUUGAGGGAAUGGUGUAAAUAAAAUUUUAUUCAAAAAUAUUCAUCCUUUGCCUUUUUUUCUCCUACCAACUAUAACUUUUGGCCACUUGAGUCCUUUUGUUUAUAUUGGCAGAAAAUUGAAAUGUUUGGUAUUUAGGAAAUUACUUGCUGGCCUAGGGGUGUAGCUCAGUGGUAGAGUGCUUGUCCAGCAUGUGUGAGGCUCUGGUUUGAUCUCCAGUACCACCAAAACCAAACAAACAAACGAAAGUUAAAAUUAUAGAUUGCUUUGUGUCCUCAGAUAGUACACUGCAUCAGUGUUCUCUUUAACAAUAAACUGGGGAUGGUGUGGUGUGGGAGGAUAGUUUGAAGCAAGUAGAAGGUGAUUUUAAAGAAAACUCAUCGUACAUUAUUUUUCCUAAUCUACAUGAAUACAUCAUACUUACUGAUGGUAAUAAACAAAGUCCCUAAGAAAAACAUCUAAAGCUAUUGGAGAAAAAGGAUACAUGAAUAAAUUCUGUCAGAUUAUGUUUCAAUUUAUGACGAACAAUGCAAUUUGUGUCUUUUUUUAUUUCUUAAAAAUUUAUGUGUGUGUGUGUGUGUGUGCAUAUAUAUAUGAUGGGGAUUGAACCCAGGGCCUUGUGCAUGCUAGGCAAGUGCUCUGUGAUUGAGUUCCAUCCACAGCUCUGAAGAUACAAUUUUUAAUGUCAGAAAUCCCAUACUUGAAAGAAGCCACAGUUAUCACUGGCUUUAUGAAACAAAGUUAAAAACAAAUAUGGAAAGUGUAAAGACAGACUGUUUAGUCUAAACAGCUUGAUGCUGUUAUAUUCUUAUUUAGUGUGUGAAAGUCUUUUGAUGUUUUAUUGUCACCUUACAUUUUGUUAAAUGCCAUUGCUUUUGAAAAUCAUAUAGUGUGUUUAGGGGUUAAUUAUCUCUACUUUUUUAAGGUUUUAUAUUAAGUGUUUAUUAUAUGAAAUUACAGUAGUUGAAUUUUGGUUAUUGUGAAUGUUUUCAGGUCUUGAAAUAAAUGUUGACUAAGUGA